UUUCGGUUGCAAGCCUGGGAACAAGACUGAAUUCGAGUAUUCUGCCAACUUCACGGAAAGAAUUUCAAGAACAUCCGAUCAUCAACUGGGAUGGCAUCAUUUGGGUCACUGGGUCACUGGGAUGGCAUCACUCUACUUGUGGAUCGUCCAGGUCAUCUUAGCAAUGAUAUCUUUCACCAAAGCUAUACUGUUGGCCUAUUUAGGCUAUAAGGGUAACAUCUGGCAACAAGUGCUAUCUUUCCAUUUCAUACUGGAAAUGGUGAAUACGAUCCCGCUCGUAAUAACUAUACCAUUUCCACCACUUCGAAACCUGUUCAUCGCGGUCUUUCUCAACUGUUGGUUGGCCAAGCGGUCCCUUGAGAAUAUGUUUAACGAUCUGCACCGGGCAAUGCAGAAGUCGCAGUUGGCGCUCUCCCAGCAACUAAUGAUUUUGUGCUUUAUUUUGUGUUUUUCCGUUUAG